AUGGCUUUCUUCCUCUCGAGCUUUACUGUUGUGUUAAGUCUGCUUGACAUAGCAUCAGCUGGCUGGCAGAACAUCUCUGCAAAUUGUCCUGACUAUGCGACGUAUGCGACGCAAAAACACAACCCCUUUUCAAAGGGUAUACUCCAACUUUCCAAUGCGCGACCUGCAGAACACUGCAGGACCUUCGUGUCGCCUGGUGUUGAAGCCUUGAUCCACAACAUCACCUCGCGAAUGGGCGACCCGGAUCUUGAGCGGCUCUUUGAAAACACAUUUGGCUCAUGCGUCGAUACGGUGAUCCGCUGGAAGGGCGAGGCGGCCACGGGCGAAGAGCUGUCCUUUAUCAUCACGGGAGACAUCGACGCCAUGUGGCUACGCGAUGCUGCGCAAUCAUUGCAUCCGUAUCAAUCGCUGAGUCGCUUUCUCACUGAAGCGCCCUACUGCAAUGCCUUCAAGCCGCCGCCCGAGUCCGGAUUGCCUCUGCCGGCGAAUGACUUUAAGGGCAACGUCACUCCGGUGGUCAGCAACCACACAAUAUGGACACCGUGCCAGUUCGAGCUAGAUUCGCUGGCAGCCUUCCUGCAGCUGAGCCACGACUACUGGCAGGCGACGCAUGACAUCUCCUUUUUCCAACAGGCAAGCUGGCUGCGGGCGAUCGAUGCGGUGCUACAGACCAUGAACAGCAUGAAGGUGCCGUCGUACGACCCCAUGACCGGGGCGCCGAAUGAACACCAGCCGUAUCUCUUCAUCAGCGACGAGCCUGGCUGGGGCUCUCUGAUCAACUCGGGCGCGGGCGAGCCUUUUCAAGCAGGGACCGGCCUCGUGCACACGCCGUUCCGGCCUAGUGAUGAUCCUACUGUUUUCACGCUGCACAUCCCGGCUAACGCCAUGAUGUCGGUGCAGCUCAAGCAAACAUCCGCCAUUCUAGGGGCCACAGGCAGCAAUAAGACGCUGGAACACGUGCUGUACAACGCAGGCGCUAGCAUCGAAAAGGCGAUAUACCAGUAUGGCCUCACGCAGCACCCCGACCAUGGCACGGUAUUUGCGUACGAGGUGGACGGAUACGGGUCCUAUAACCUAAUGGACGACGCUAACAUCCCGAGCUUGCUGUCGCUGCCCAUGCUGGGUUUUGUCGACCGAACAAACCGCAUCUACCAGAACACAAGGAAGAUGCUCCUCAACCGACACAGCAACCGCUAUUAUACGACUGGCCCUGUGAUCUCCGGGAUUGGUGGCCCUCACGUGGGCCCGAAGAACCCGUGGCCCAUGGCGCUGUGUGCCCAGAUACAGACUUCUACCAACAGAAGCGAGAUUGCGGAAGUUUUACUUAUGUUAAAGUCCAGUACCGCGGGUCUGGGGCUGAUGCACGAAAGUAUCGAUAUCUACAACCAGACGGAUUAUACGCGUCCAUGCAAGCAAUCUUCCGAUUUCAUCCCAAUUGCCAUCUGUUUGCGCUUGUUCGAUGAGUGCAAAGUCCGUCUGGAUGAGGAUCAGGUUUGGUGUGUGUAG